UCAAAAAGUAGUGUAACGUACACAGGAAAAAACGUAGGCAAACAGGAAGUGACCGCAGAGGGCGGGACGUUUUUUAAAAUUGUUGCGGCUCCGUUUGUUUGACUGUUGGCAAAUCUCAUUUUCAACGUGCCCAUAAAGGGACCUUUAUCACUGCUGGCAUCGUAUCCAUUGUGGAAACAGCCAUGUCACAAAUUCCAAGAGCCCUCCAUUUACCUGCAGAAGCAAAGAAAACAGGUCAUAGACAUGAAUCCAAAGACAAAGCAACUGUAUCCACAGCAGCAAAUACUGUCCAGAAAUCAGAUGGUAUCCUUAAACCUCAAAAAGAAAAUGUAGCAAGGAAAAAUGUUGCUGCUAAAGUUUACAAAGGGUACGGCCAACAGGCAGAGCUCAAGGAGCAAAAUCAACAUUUGAUGGUUGCAAAUGAGGAGCUGCAGAAAAAUCUGUCAGAGACACAGCAAAGAGUAGCUGAGCUGGAGCUGCAGUUCAGUGACCUCGAAAAGGAGAAUGCAGAGGCUCAAAAACACCUGAAAGACUGUCAUGUUCUCCUAGUUUCUGCCAAAAUAGACCCAGUUUUAGGAGAAAGAGUCGGAGAUGCGGCACAAAAGAACGAGGAUCAAAGGAAGGAAGUUAUGAGUAUUUCCUCUGACCUGCUGAGUGAAUUGAAGGCCUUUGGUGAUAUUGCAUCACAGCAGCUUGUUCAGCUCGAGGAGAUCCAGACAACAAUGACAGGCCUCACGAAAGCUCGAGAACAUAUGAUGCAGGAAAGGGAAGAUUUCUCUCUGCAGGCGGCUGAAAUGGAAAAAGCUCUCAAAGAAGCAGAAGCCCUCCUAGUGUAAAAGUGUUUAUUCCUCAAUUUAAUUUUUCAAUAAAGCUUUCUAUAUGUUGGCAUGUA